UGCAGAAACCCACUGGGUCCCCAGAAAGUACCCACUGCCACCCACCACACAGACCCAGUCUGGGCUGGGCUGGGCUGAGGGAGCCUUGGUGGGGUGGCCAGUGCAGAGCCCAGGCUGUGGGUGCCCCCACUGCAGCCCCUGCAGCUUUGCCAGGGCCUGAGUGACAUGACACCACAUGAGUCCCAUCUCCACAAGGUAGCGUGGCAGGUCCAGGCAGAGGGUUGGCAGCACACCCCACCUGGCAGUGUGGAAGGGACAGGCCUUCCCCUUGCCAUUCCCUUGGUAAAUGCUCUCUCUUUCUUUCCACAACCUGCUUUCCAAGUCGUUUGGUGUCAGGUAAGAGAAGCUCUCGGUGUGUUGGCAGUGCCAGCCUGGAGCCCUGGGCUCACUGCUACCCUAUCUUGCCCCAUGCUGUCCCCUAUGCAUGCAGCCCUGGCAUGGCCUGGCUGCCCACAGCCUCCACGGGGCUGAAGGAGCAGCCUCCCUGACCCCAAGAUUGCAUUCCUAUGCUGCUGGCAGGCAGCUUCAGGCCAGCUGUCCUUGCUGGGAUCGCCCUUCCAGCCCGGCUUACAUCCCAUCUCUGUUCCCUUCCCCCUCCAGUGGACCAGAGCAUGUUUGAGAACACCAGCGCCAGCACGGCACCCACCCCGCGGCUGCAGCACGUCCCUUCCUCGGCGGGCACUCUGCCACAGCCCUCCCGCCCCGCCAGCAGCCAACACCUCCGCAACCUGGGCAAGGCCAUGGGGGCCAAGGUGAACGACCUCCUGCGCCGAAAGGAGCCCGCUGGCCUCCCCAGCGUGGGAGCGAUGGAGGCGAACGCCGGCGUGGGUGCCAUGCUGGGCACAGCACAGCUGGCUGUCGAGGACGGGGCUGUGGAGCUGGAUGCCUUUCCCCGGCUGGACCCCCCGCCCCCUAUCACCAAGAAGCGGACACCACGUGCCCUGAAGACCCCACAGGACAUGCUCAUUGCUCCACAGCCAGAGGAGACCAGUACAAGGAUUGGCACAGAGGAGCCUCCAGAACCACCCACAGCCCACCCUGACCUUGCAGAGGAGCAGCUGGAUACGGGAGACCCAUCCUCUCCAGAAUGCCCUGGGGUACCCAGCACGACAAGCACCCCAGAGCCCAGCGGGAAGCAGCCCACUGGUGCCCUACCCGUGCCCGACCUCAUUCAUAAGGGCAGCCAGGAGAGCCAGUGGCGAGUGGGUGAGAGGGCCACCGAGAUGUCACCCCCCACAGAGAAGCCCUCACAGAAACCAAGGCUGGAGCAUGAGCCACCAGGGAGCACAGGGAGGCCGGAGCCACGUACCCCUGGCUGGGAGGUGGAGGGGACCCACCCCGACUUACUGUCUUUUGAGUAGCGGUGGGGGAGCCAUGACAGGGGCAGUGUGGGGGCUGGCUCUCCCAAACAUGUCUCUUGCUGCCACUUGCCAUUUUUGGGGUCUUUAUUUUGGGAGGGGGAGCCCCAGGGUGGAAGGAGCCAUUGCUUCCCCAGUGUGGGGCGUGGGGAGCCAUGACAACCUACUUCUCCCCAGAUUCCUGGGAGGGGCACAGCGUGUCCUGCCAUGGCUUUUGUGGCUUCUGCGACCCCACCCUGGUCAGUGCCAAGGUCCUGUCCUGGCACAGUGUCACUACCACCCCAUCUGCAGACAGGAGCCAUGCUGAGCUGGGGACCAAAGGGGUGGGGGGGUCAGAAGUGCCAGUCUGCCCCAACCCCAUCAGCUCUGCUGGAGUGAAUGUUCCACACUAUAGUUCCCCAUUUCUGUGCUGGCUGCCUUGGUCUAGAGGACUUCCCCAGCUUAUGCCAUGUGCUUGCCAAGAUACUCUAUCCCAGGGUGCCAGCAGGCUCACCCAGCUCUAGUGCUGGCUGCCAGGGUGCUGGGAGGGCAGAAGUGCCCAGGACCUUCUCCAGGUGAUGAUCCCAUGGCAGUACUCUGCCCAGUGCCAUCUCUCUGCAGCAGAGCCUCAGAUGCAGGAGACCUGCUCACAGCAUGGGCUCUGGUGCCAAGCUCCUGUGAGACCCCCUUCCCCACUUAUUUCCUGGUCUCACCCCAGCCAUCAUGGACAGGACCGCCCUGUCCCCUGUCCAGGCAGGCAGCCCACUCCGUAUGGGCCAGUGUCACUGAUGUCAGUGAUGUCUUUGCAGGACACAAGAAGCCACAUGGUUCCCUGAUACUCCUCUAUGAGUGUUACCCCAUGGAUUACAGGAGGGUUAGCCAGCCUGUGGACCCCUGGGCCAGUGCAAGGAAGCAGUUAUGAGAUGGAACUUUUCGCUUAGAGCUUUUAUGUACACCUUUACCACAAAAGUGGCUUUGAGAAGAAAAGCUCCAAAGCCGAGAUUUGGGCUGGAGGAGGCAAGGAGCUCAUGGGUGGGCACUUCUGCUUGCAGCUCCUUCUGGGCCAUGCAGGGCGGCUGGACUGAAGAAAUAUCUUCUACCACCAGAAGCCAGGUUGUACCACUGAAGGAGGCUGUGAGCAUUUGUGAUCCUUUGCCUUGGGAGCAGCCACCCAUCUCCUUGCUGUUGUCUUGGUGGUGCCAUGGUGAUGCUGGAGUUCUGAAGCUCUCGGCCCUGGGAAAGCCCUGCUCGGGAGCAAAGGGGAUACAGAAAUGCACAGAGCCCGUGGCUGGUGCUCAGGUGUGUUCAAUGUGAUCACACUGUGCAUGGCAGGUGCCACCCCAAACAGGAAUCUGUGUAUGUGUAUUUGUGUGCUGCCCAGACCUGUGCUACACUGUCGGUGUUGAUGGAAACCAGGCCUUGUAGCCCUUCUCUGAGGAACCAGCAUCUUCCAUUGCUGCGAUCCCAAAGGAACCUUCCCCUUAAUGGAAGGGUCAUCACACUCACCGCCGGUCCAGUACUUCUAUUUAUGUUGUCAGGAGGUGUGUGUUGCUUGGGACAAAAGAUACAGAUUGCACAAUAAAUUGUUUUUUCUUUUUUACCCA